GGCGCCGCGGCUGCAGCUGCAGGGAGCGGCGGCGGGAGCUGGAGCUGGUUGCAGCCGCCAGCGGAAGCGAGCGGGACCCGAGCGGCGGAGAAUGGGGCCGGGGCUGUGGUUCCUGCUGCUGGUGCCCGCGGGGCUGGGGGCUGCCGCGCGCUCCGCCGUGCCCCGGACUGAGAGACUCUUCCCGGAGGUGCAGCAGAUGGUUCAUCGCUUUUCCCAGGAGGCCAUUUCCAAUUACAGCAUCUUCCUGGUGGCCCCACAGACCAGGACUCUGUACGUGGGAGCCAAGAACGCCAUCUUCGCCCUGCCUUUGGAGUCAGUCAACCAGCCUGCUAAAAUGAUCUCCUGGGAAGUGCCUAAGAAUCAUCGAGAUUCCUGCACAAGGAAGGGAAAAAAAGAGGCAGAGUGUCAUAAUUACAUCCGCAUUCUGGAGUUUGCUGAUGAGAGCCACCUCUUCACCUGCGGGACCUUUGCUUUUGAUCCACAGUGCGGCUUCAUUAAAGUGGCCAAUUUCAGCAGUGUGGAGCGGCAGGAAAGUGGCCGGGGGAAAUGCCCCUUUGAGCCUACGCAACAGUCGGCAGCCGUAAUGGUUGAUGAUGUCCUGUAUGCUGCCACUGUCAGCAACUUCCUGGGGACGCAGCCCAUCAUCUCCAGAGCAACAGGAAACCUUGAGGAGCGCAUCCGGACAGAGAUGUCAGUGACCUGGCUGAACGACCCAGUCUUUGUGGGCUCCACUUUCCUGAGAGGGGGCGAGAGUGGAGAGAACGACAAAAUCUAUUUCUUUUUUACGGAGACAGCCAGAGAGUACGACUUCUAUGAACAAGUGAGGGUCCCACGUGUGGCCAGAGUCUGCAAGGGGGACUUAGGAGGCCUGAAGACCCUGCAGAAGCGGUGGACAACUUUCCUAAAGACCCAGCUGAUUUGCUUGGAUCCAGAGAGUGGAACCAACUUCAAUCUACUGAAAGAUGUAUUUACCUUGCACUCUGUAAACGGGACUUCUGCAGUGUUCUAUGGUAUCUUCUCAGCCCAGAGGUGGGUGCCUUUCCUGGCUCCAGCAGGUGCUCAUUGAAUGGAAAGUGGACUU